AUGCAAAGUAAUAUCGAACCUAACUUUUCGAUUACUUCACGCAGCCCUCAUGUCGAUAACGAUCUUAUCGCUCCAAGUGUCAAUGCUACACAAAAUACAACUAAUAAUGAGAAUUUUUCUCUCGAGUAUCAACAAAAUAGUAAUACACAACCGAUGACUUCAGUUCAAAAUUUUCAGGAAUCUCCUAGUAAUGCAACUCAAGGGUGCGUUAAUAUGGCUAGAUAUUCAUUUUUUUAUAGGCCUUGCAAUGAUGAUCAUAUUUAUCAUAUCAUCUGUGAAGAGACAACCUUUGAAGAAACUAUUUCUCAAUUAAUAAAUAAUUAUUUGUAUUCAUCUAAUUCAAACAAUUCAUUUUUAUUCUACUUUCAACAACCUAACGACAAAAGAAUCUAUCAAGUGGUAUGUGAAAUGAUUUAUAUUUAUAGCAAUGAAAUUAAACCAAACGAACAGCAAAAUGUGGAAUUUUCUAAUAGACAUAAAGAAAAUCUUGAAAUUUAUUUGAGAAAAUUUCUGGUUACUUAUUUGGCACCAAUGGAUAUUUACGGGCAAUUAAACAUGAAUAUUGAACAAGAUAGAGAUGUUGAUAAUGGUACGGGUGGUAAUUCUAAUAUAAGUUUAGUUGAUAUUUCGCAGUUUUCUAUUUCUCAACAGAAUAAUGAUAAUCAGAUAGUUUCAUCAAAAUGUUAG